UAGUAUUGACAGUAAACCGAUUGUUCUCGAAUGUCUUACACAUCAGAUUGUAACAUUAAUUAAUCUAUUCAAAAUUAAAUAUCUAUAAUAACCAUCCAACGUCCAAUAGUUUUAAAUAUAAAGUUUCAUCAGUAUCAGAGCAUUUGACAAAAGAAAAAAAUGCCGGGAAGAUUAAUGACAGAAGAGUGUUUCCGUCAAAGAUAUGCUGCAGUUUAUAUUAUACGUUUAGUAGAUUAUUUGAAUAAAAAUAAAAUUACGCAAGAAGAUUUAGAUAAUAAAGAUAUUUUGAAGGAUAUAAUACGCAAAGGAAUCGGAAAGAAAUCAGGCUUUGGGACAAAAGAUAUUAAUGCCUUGAAAGAAGCUCUUUGUUUUUUUAAAAUUGAUGAAUUGAAGAAAACUAAUCUAUAUCGAAUAAAUCGUGGUAUAUUGGCCGUCGCUUGUGUUGAACAUGUCUUAUACCCCGGAGAAGACCAUAGAAAACAUAGAACAAUAUAUAGAUGCGGCGAUGAUCAGGCACCCAAUCUAUAUAAAAAACUGCGUGAACAUUGUGGUUUCACAACAGAAGAUGAACUCGACCCUGUUAUAGUUAAAUCAACUACUUCUUUUUUUAGGAGCAACUUGUUUGCUAAUAAUAAGACAUUCUUGGAAACGGUUCGAUCUUAUUUGAAAACAGUUAAUAUUAAUAUAGAAGAAAUGAUCUAUAUAAUGAAAGCGUCGAUUGAAUUUAUUAAUAAUAAGAAAACUGCUGAAACUGUUAACAUUGUUCCAUGGGAAAGAUAUGUUGUGAAUCGAGAAUAUUUUCAAAAAAAAGGAAACGCAGAUGCUCUUAUUAAUUUGGUGAAUUAUUUAGAGAACAAAGAAGUAAAAGAAGAAGAUAUAGAGAACGAAAAAAUUUUAAUAGAUAUACUACGCGAGGGAAUGAAAAAAUUCCCCAACAGACCACCUUCAAAAAGACAAUUAGAAGAGUUUAAAAAAACGAUUAUUAAUCUUACAAUUGAGUACUUGACAGUAACUAAUCUUUAUCGAAUAAAUCGUGGGAUAUUAACUGUCGUAUGCGUUGAAUAUGCUCUUUUUCCUGGACAAGAUUAUGAAGAGUACAAAAAGAUUUAUGACGGCAAUAUCUCUAAGGCCACCGCAUUAUAUAAAGAACUCUGUGGUAUUCCUAAAGAAAAUAAAGUCAAUGAAGCCUUAGCUAAGUCGGCGAGAUCUUUUUUUUACUGUACAAAUAGAAAUCUAGAAAUGAUUCGUUUAUAUUUACAAAAUAUCGAUAUUGAUUCUGAGGAGAUCGAAUAUAUAAAAAAUGCUUCGAUUGAAUUAAUUAGAGGUAAUGAAGCUGAUAAACCAGGGACAAAUACGAUAAGUCCAAUCGAAGAUCAUGCAAUAAAUGUGACCACCAACGACGAGGAGACCCUUCCACCUAUCCCAGAUAUGCCAUUGGAACAUGUGGACCCUUCUUCAGUUGUACCAAUACCAGUAGACCAGGGAUUUCUUUCCCGUUACUCUCCCAAUGAGGUGGUGUUGGCGAAAAGGUUCAAAUCGUAUUUCUGGCCAGCAAAAAUUAUUGAAGUCUAUAGUGAUAAGAUGCAUGUUACAUUUUUUCCUGUACCAGAAGAAACGGAGAAAGAGGAAGUCUCAUCGGAAGAAGAUGUAAGAGCUUUUACGGACGAAGAAAUCGAAGCCGCUUGUGCCUCUUUAUGUACAGGUUUAUCACAAGAAGCCUUUAAAAAUGCAGUGAAAUUUGCUUCAGCAGAAUUGAAUUGAAUACAUUCUCGUUAAUUUAUGCAUGUAAUAAAUCAUUUUAUUAUAAUAAUACUCCAGGAGGUCGGGGUUUUCAUUUCAAAAUAUUAGUGAUAAACUUAUAGCGACCCCAAAAGUUGAUACUCCGACCACUUCAAGGAAAAUAUUUUUUUUUACAUUCAAUUGGAGGCCUUAGUGGAGAAUCGAUUAUCGAAAGAAUCAUUCAAAUGUAUAUUCUAAAUAAAUGCGUCAAUUUGCAAAUACUCUGUGAAAAUUGAAAAAAAAAUGUAAAUUUGUACAAUAAAAAAAAUUAAUACGUCUUGUUGUAUCACGUACCGUUUAAAAUUCCA